AUGAAAGUUAUAUUGAUUUUAUUUUUAUUCCUCUUUGGAGGAUUAAUUAUAUUUAAUGUAAAUGCAUUACCUGCCUCACCUCUUCCCCUAGUAGAACGUCAGGAUGGUGGUGAUACAAGCCUUGGAACAUGGAAAAUUGUUGGAAAAUCCGGAGUCAAUGCCAUGCAUGCCUUCUUGGUAUCUUCCAGAAAAUUCGUAUUUGUGGACAAACUUGAGGGAAAUGAUUUAAAGAGACCAGAUGGUGUCUCAGCAAUUUCUGCAGAAUAUGACUUGGACACAAAUGAAGCUCGAGCUCUUAGUAUUUAUACAAAUACCUUUUGCUCAGCGGGGGCAUGGUUAGGCAACGGAACUUUAGUUGAAGCAGGUGGAGAUAAUGGUGAUGCUAAUUUUCGUUCCGGUAGACAAACAGUUCGCUUAUAUGACCAAACCAUUGGAGAUUGGUAUGAAUUUGAAGGGGUCAUGCCAACUAUGAGAUGGUAUCCAACCAUGUUAAGCUUACCCAGUGGUAACGUUUUGGUUGUUGGAGGUGCAAAAGCUGCUACUGGGGUCAAUAAGGAUACUAUCAAUAAUCCAUCUUAUACAUUUUACCCUCCAUCCGGAACUGUCAUGGAGGACUUUUCGUUACCCUUCCUGACAGAGACGCUACCAUACAACCUGUAUCCCAUGGUACAUGUAAUCCCAAACUUCGAAGGCAAAACCCUCCUUUUUAUUCAUGCCAACCAACGAAGCAUUAGUUUUGAUAUUGGUACUGGAAAAGUCUUUUACGAAUAUCCAAAAAUGCCAGGUGGUUUUCGUAAUUAUCCCUUAACUGGAACUUCAGUCAUUUUACCCCUUACCCCUACCGAUAAUUACAAAGCCAAGGUUAUGAUUUGUGGUGGUAAUAAAGCUUAUGAAAUCACUUCAGAAGGUGAAGCCUCUUGUGGUAUUUUAGAUUUAAUGACAGAUAAAGCCCAAUGGGAAAUGAAUGAUUUCGGUGGUACCCCACGCAUUAUGCCUGAUGCUACCUUCUUAGUGGAUGGCACCAUUUUAUUUGUAAAUGGUGCUCGAACCGGUUUCGCUGGUUACCGUAAAGGUGGAGGUGCCAACGCUUUAUGGGUUAAUGAAAAUCCCGUAUUAUUCCCGGUCCUUUAUGACCAUUUUGCUAAAAAGUUUAAACCUCUUUCUUCGUCAAUUGUACCCAGAAUGUAUCAUUCUGUUUCUUCUUUGGUGCCUGAUGGUACUGUCUUGGUCACCGGAAGUAACCCACAGGGAAAUGUUGCAAUUGAUGUUAAAUACCCGACCGAAUAUCGGGUUGAAAUUUUCUCUCCUCCUUAUCUUUACACAAAAACUCCUAGACCUAACAUCAUUUCUCUACAAACCUUUGAAAUUAACAAAGAAAGGAUUAAGGUGUAUUAUCAACAAAUGGUUACCUUGAUUGUACAAGUUGCAGGCGGUUCACCAAAAUUCACAGCUUCUCUUAUUCAUCAUGGAUUCAUCACACAUUCACAAAAUAUGGGUCAGCGUUAUGUUUGGCUCGAGGUUGAAAACGUUUGGACGGAUUCAACAGCCAACGAUCAGUAUAUUGUAACGGUUAAAUUACCACAAAACCCAACUAUAAUCGCACCAGGUCCCUCUUUCUUGUACAUUAUGAAUAAUGAUGCACCUUGUGUUUCUGGUGCUGAAAUUUUACUUAACGAACAACCGAAAUAA